UGGGAAGGCGGGCUAGAGAGUGGUUGUGACGAAUACGGAAUCGUUUACGUAUCUCUUUUAGCUGCUAAUACACUGGCGUUAAAUCCAACAAAAUGACCGAGCCGAAACCUAAAAAUAUCAGCUCCAUUCCCAUCAAUGGAUACAGCAAUGUUCGCAUUACAUCGGCGUGGACCUUUCUACAGUCUGUUGACUGGUCUGAGCCCUGGCUGAUGGGUCUUCUGGCGUUUCAUGUCUUAUGUUUUGCUUUCACCAUCCUCUCCUGCAAGUACUAUCGCCUUCAGAUAUGCCACUUUCUCUUGAUGGUUGCUAUGGUUUACAGUGCAGAAUACCUGAAUGAGCUAGCAGCUAUGAAUUGGAGGUCUUUUUCAAAGUUCCAAUACUUUGAUUCGAAAGGAAUGUUUAUAUCGCUAGUAUACUCGGUUCCGCUCUUGAUCAACACCGUUAUUAUUGUGGCUGUGUGGGUAUGGAGAACCUUUUCAACCAUGACAGAAAUGAAGACUUUGCAGUUAAAGAGAAAAGUUGCCCAGAAAAAAUCCCAGUAGGCGGCACACAGAGAGAGGAUGUGAACAUAAUGUCCCAGUUCCUAACAUUGUAGUGUCCAGUGGUGGAUGGGAUAUUUAUUUUUCGCUGAGUGUGGCAUAAGACAGACACAAGUAUGCAGUGGUGGAGGGUCUUUUAUACUCGGCCCUGACUGCUGAUGGAAGGUUACUACACCUGCUAACAAAUGCUCCAUGGAAGAUAUUGUCUUACCAAAGACUUCUUAGAUAAAGCCACCAACUAUACUAUACAACGGCUUUGUGUACAGUACAUAGAGUUCAUUCCGAUUUAUAGCUAUAGAUGUCUGUUGUUUGAUUGAACAGAUUCUAUAAACUGUUUUUAAGUCUUGCAAUCAAUGUGUAAAUUGUAUAUUUAUGUCAAUAAACUGAAUGCUGUUAUA